CUGAUUGGUUUACAUAAGCACUACUGUUUGAAAGUGCCUUGUUCUCUCGCGCUAUAUCCUCUCGCUCUCGAUUAUGUCCAUAGACACAGAACAAUGGGAUUAAUUUACACUCUCCGCGUUUUAAUCAAAUCAUUUUUGGUCGUUCUUUUGUGGUCCAAAUGCGAGGGUCGGGAGUCGGAGUUUAACUACGUCACCUGCGGUUCGCUCGUGAAAUUGCUGAACACGAGACACAACGUUCGGCUGCACUCCCAUGAUGUAAAAUACGGCUCAGGCAGUGGGCAGCAGUCUGUGACGGGCGUCGAGAGUGCAGAUGAUGCCAACAGUUACUGGAGGAUUCGGGGGAAGCCCAACGGGACCUGCCAACGCGGCGUGCCCAUCCAGUGUGGGCAGGCCAUCCGCAUCACGCACAUGACCACGGGACGCAACCUCCACACACACCACUUCAGCUCGCCGCUGUCCAACAACCAG